AAAAAGGAAACUAAGCCGAUCUGGAAACAAACGUAUAAAAGCUAUUAGGCAUUGGGAAUUUAGUUUUAGAAUAAAAUGCCGUUGGGUAAAUACUACUGCGAUUACUGCGACAAGGAAUUCCAGGAUACUGCAGCUGCUCGGAGGCGUCAUCUUCAAGGUGUUCAACAUCAAAGAGCCAAAGCUCUUUGGUACGACUCCUUGCGCAAUCCCCAGUUAUUCAACGAUCCGGACUUGUUCGGUAAAGGAGUAUGCAAUCACUUUGUUCGAACGGGGUAUUGCCAGUAUGGGGACUCCUGCAAAUAUUAUCAUCCCAAGCAAAACUCUCAAACUGUGAACCAAACAGGACUCCCUCCAGGGGAAAAUAGUAGAGAGAGUUUUCACUCAAGUAGUCAACCUUUUGGUUCGGCCUCUUUUCCAGCAGGUGAUGUGUUCAGAGAAAAGGCAGGAGCAUCACUGGGCAAUCUGCCUCCCUCUCUAAGGCCUCCGCCUGAGGGUGGUUAUCCACCUCUCCCAUUUGUUGAGUGGGGAUAGGUCUGCCACCUCAUUUACUACUCUUGUCAGAUAUGCUUUAGAGUAUGUUGACUGAAGAUGUAGAUUGCCCAAAAUAUAAAUACUAUAUUGACUAUGGAAGAAAUAGAUGUCUACAAGUUCAGUUGAGUGAUGUGCAGUUAGAAACAGGAAAUCAAAAGUGAAUGUUGGUUUUAAUUUAAUUAUAACCUGAUUAUCCUUUUUAUCAUUUGGACUUCACCAAUCUGUUAUUUAGAUUGGAAAUUUUAGUGUGGUGGCAGGAAUAACUUUACACGUUCCCUUUUUUCCCCCAAUGACCCCUUUAAGUCCUAUUAAUGUUGAUUUCGGAUGGUUAUAGUGGUUGGACCUGUAAGUAUCUACCUUUGGUGCAAGAUGUGGAUUACUAGUUUUACUGCUUGA